AUGGCCACCUCGGCGGCCUCGAGCGGUCUUGACAAUGAUACUCGUGGCUGGAUCAUGUGUAUUGUCAGCGGCAUUGCCUGCGUUGUCGGCGCUUCCAUAGUAUGUGUUGACGUGAUCGUGCGCUUGUUCCCUGGCAAGAAGAACUUUCGCAUUCAAGACAGCAAUGUUUUCUUAGCAUGCUCUCUAAGCCUGAGUUUCGGUGUUAUGCUCUUUUCCGCAUUGUAUAGUAUGCUGCCCGAAUCCAAGGAAUACUUCGAACAGGCUGAAUGGUCCAAGCAGGCUGCUGGCCUGACCAUGAUGGCCUGUUUCGUCGGUGGUUUCAUUGGCAUCCAGGGUGUUUCGCGAUUGCUUCACCAGUUCAUGCCUACCCACGUUGUAGAGUGCGACCAUUCUCAUGAUGAGAAUGCGACAAAGGAUACCUCGUGCCAGCAUGACAGGAGACAGUCCAGAGCUCGUCGUCGUUCCUCACGCCCCCCGUCAUCUCAAGCCCCUAUCGACAAGUCGCUUUCCAAACUCUCCACCAGUCAAUCGCCAAGCACAGCUACUGAGUCCACGCCUUUGCUCGAGUCGACUUUGGAUAGCCCAACCAGUACUCUCAAGCGGCAAGCCUCCGCCCAAGACGAAUUGCGACGACCUGCCAGCCCAACCCGAAGCCGCACUACUGCAGGGAUCACAGAUGCCUUCCCCGAGAGAAGAAAGUCGAUUCGAGAGGUUCAUAAGCGCGUCAUGUCCUUUGUACAAGAUACAAAGUGCAAUUGCGACGAGUCAAACUCUUGUUACGGGUUCUCGGAUCCAUGUGGUCAGGAAUGUUUCAAGCAUCUCAACAAUCGUGUCAGCCUACCUAGCAGACCUGGACGACAAACUCAGAUUCUUCGAACUACCACAGGCUCAUUCCUACGUGGAAACGAGCAUUCGCAUGCCCAUCAUGAUCAUCAGCAUGGUGAUGAAUGCGAAGAAUCCAUUGAGCCUUUUGUCAGACCAACAUACCGAAUCAGCCGAGCCAAGUCGCGCGAACCAAUCGAACCGAUAGUCCCGGAAGAAGUUUCCGAUCACGACUCAUCAUGCUCAUCUGUAGCAGACGAUGAAGAUGUCGAGGCCCAACAUCACCACCACGUCCCAACCAAUGCCUUCUUGUCCAUUGGUCUUCAAACUUCUAUAGCCAUUGCCCUACACAAGUUCCCUGAAGGCUUCAUCACCUAUGCAACCAACCAUGUAAACCCUUCUCUGGGGUUCAAUGUUUUCAUGGCUCUUUUCGUCCACAACAUCACUGAAGGCUUUGCCAUGUGCUUGCCUCUUUACAUGGCGCUGGGUUCUCGCUGGCGCGCCAUGGCCUGGUCAGCUUUCCUGGGUGGUCUUUCUCAGCCUAUCGGUGCAGGCAUUGCCGCAUUGUGGUUCAAGGUUGCUGAUAGAACAAAUAUGCAACCCAGUGCGGUUGCAUAUGCUUGCCUCUUUGCUAUUACAUCUGGCAUAAUGGUUAGUGUAGCUUUACAGUUGUUUGUAGAGAGUCUGAGCCUCAACCACAGUCGUAACUUGUGUAUUUUCUUUGGUUUCCUUGGUAUGGCUUUGCUCGGCUUCAGCAACGCUCUUGUUGGUUCUCACUAG